GUUUAUUUUGUUUUUGUGGCGAACGUCUUUUAUUGGAUUUGAAAGUGAUCUGGAAAACUUCUAGUGAUGUGUACGGAAAGAUACGAAACAACGGAAGGAUGAUUAUGGGUCAUCCAUUUCGUGGAGCUAACAGAGCGCUGUUUAUAUCAUUACUACAGUGUUUGAUCCUGAGAGCCAACCCAGAUUCAGUCACAGAGAUGUCUUCACGCCGAUUUCGAGCAGAAUACCUUCAAGAGUGGCAAGGGACAGACGCACCUUAUUUCGAUCCAGGCACGCCAAGAAAUAUUACCGGAUUGGUUGGUCAUCCAGUGCGUUUGCUGUGUCGCGUAAAAAACCUACAGAAUCGAACUGUAUCCUGGGUGCGUCACCGUGACAUCCACCUGCUAACAGUAGGCCGUUACACGUACACAUCAGACCAGCGCUUUGAGGCGCAGCACAAGCCGCGCUCCGAAGAAUGGGCGCUUCGUAUCCGCAGCCCGCAACGUCGCGACUCCGGCCAGUACGAGUGUCAAAUUUCUACCACGCCACCCAUUGGACAUGCUGUUUUUCUGAACAUUGUCGAACCAGAAACUGUAAUAUCAAGCGGAGCAGAGUUGUUCCUACAGAAAGGAUCAACCAUAAACUUGACAUGUACAGUGAGGCAUACUCCAGAACCACCUACAUCGAUUACUUGGACACAUGGAGAACAGGUGAUCAAUUUCGACUCGGCGCGUGGAGGCAUAUCGCUUGUCACCGAAAAAGGUUUGAAGAGUACAAGCCGGCUCUUAGUUCAACGAGCGAGGGGUUCUGACGCAGGGCUUUACACUUGUGGUCCCAAUAAUGCUCCGCCUGCUACAACGAGAGUUCAUGUCUUAUCUGGUGAACACCCGGCGGCGAUGCAACAAGGCUGUGCAACAUCGUCAUUAGAAAUAUCAGUGACAUUAACAUGUAUAAUACUUAUUUUAUCCAUUAAAUUACCUUAUAUUUUUAGUCUACAAUAUAUCACAACAAUCUAGUUAAAACCUAUACAAAUCAACUCAUAUGUAAAUGUUUCGUACAAGUUCGAUAAGAUAUGUAAUAGAUAUUUUUUAAUUGUUAGAUUUAUAUGUUACGUCAUAGGAAAAAUGCCCGUCAUAUUAUUAGCAGUGAACACAAAAAUUAAUCACAAUCAAACAUAUAUGAUAUAAGUUAUAUACAUAUGUGUGACGACAGUCAGACACAACUUUUUACGCUAUAAGACCGUUGCGAAGCAAUCGAAUAAUAAAAUUUUGUAAAGGUUAAAGAAUAAGAAAGUUAAUUUUAACUGACUCCAGUCCCUCUCCAGCCCCACACCUCAUACCACAGGUAAUACGUUGCAAUUUAUGCUGAUGUGACGUGUCGGUGAUGGGAAACAUCGUGAGGAGGCAGGUCUCGAAACCAAAUAUCGAUGAAAUGUGUCAGACACAAGGCCAUGACUUAUGUAUAAAAUCAAAUAGAGAAAUGGAUGCAAUCGAAGUCCCACUAACGUAAUGGUGAAUUCGUGAGUCAGCGCCUAAUAUGCCUUUCGUAUAUCAAAAAUUAUAGGAUUUGAUCUAAGGGAAAAUUUCGACCCUGAACAUAACCCUAACGGUGACUAUGCCACAGUUUUAUUCUUAAGAAACACUCAAAGAUGAAAAUCUCAUAAAUUCUAUAUCAAUGAAAAAUAAAUUUUAAGUCUGUAUUAAGUAAACAAGAAACCUGAAAACAAUUACAGGCAACUAAUUAUUCACAGUUUAACAGAAUUUAACGAGAUCCUUACAGCAAACCGAUAAAUCACGACCCAAUUAAGGGCUGUCACUUAGAAAGCAUUACCUCGUGUACAAUUAAAAUUCAUUAUUUAUUUCAAAGAACGAAAUAUUCUGAUAUCAAGCCAAAGUUUGGUUAGAAUAAAUCGAAUUGGUAAAUAUGAUAUAGGUGAACACUAUGGCGUGUAUUGAUUGCGUUACAUUCUUAACUUAACACUAUAAUGUUAAGGAGCAAAUAGAUAGAAAAAAUAUCCUAAAGUGUACCAUUAAGGUUUUGUUUGAUUGAAUGAAUUUUUAAUUUUUCACCUUUUCCACCGCCACACCGAUUUCCGAUGGUUUGUCAAAUAAAGUGUUUCUCUUAUUUAAGUUUGAAGUUGUACCUCACAUCGAUUAUAUAAUAAUGAAAAAUAAUAUUUAUAUUGCUUUUUCCAAGUCAAAUAAGGAGAAUCCUACAAAUUGGAUAUUCAAUGGAGAAAUGAGGUUCUGGCAUUCGUUUGUUUACGUCAGAGAUUUGAAUACUUACGCAUAUUGAUUGAAAUUUAUACUAAAAAACUAAA